AUGGGUUGGAUUAUUUUGUUAUAUGCGUUGUAUGUGGCGGUGUUUGGAGUAACUGUCGUCCAUGGGAUAUGCGAGACGAUAGGGGAUACAACCAAGCUCAGUCAAUGGCGACUGCACUCCUCCCUUGCGGUGUCCAACGUCUCUGCGUGGUCACUGCCAGGAAUGGACGACUCAUCCUGGUAUCAGGUUGGUUCGCGGGCGACCGUCAUGGCGGGUUUGGUUGAGAACGGCGUCUUCAACGAGACGACCUUGUUCUACUCCAACAACAUGGAAACCAAAAUCGGCGACACUGCCAUGUUCGAAGCGCCUUGGCUGUACAGACAUGAACUCCAGAUCGAGAACAAGAUAGGCCAAGGAGAGCAUUAUUUGCUUCGCACGCAUGGCAUCACCUCCAAGGCGGAUAUAUACGUCAACGGGGUGCUGGUUGCACCCAGCUCCGUUCAGCAGGGGUCGUACGGCGGUCAUACGUACGACAUUACGAAAUACCUGCAGGUUAAAUCAAACGCACUGCUCAUCCAGGCGUAUCCGACAAACUAUCUCCGGGAUUUCGCGCAGGGAUUCGUGGAUUGGAAUCCGUAUCCAGCGGAUAAUGGCACGGGUCUGUGGCGGGAUGUCAUGAUCACAAAGACGGGGCCCGUGUCGAUCUCGUCACCGCGUGUGUUGACCUACUUCAAAAACCCUGAUGGAAAGCCGGUCACGGUGAAUGUUAUCGUGGAUGUAACGAACCAUGAGAAUGAGACUGUCAACGGUACUGUACAGGGGACCAUCCAGUCUGGCACCGAGAGCUUUUCGCUUUCCGAGCGAUUCUCUAUCCAGCCACAUGAAACAAAGACCAUACCUAUGAAUGUCAGGAUCGAAAAGCCCAAGGUGUGGUGGCCGGCGCAAUGGGGGUCCCAGCCCUUGUACACACUCAAUGUCAAUGCGGCAGUUGGCAAGGGGAAGAUAUCGGAUGUUGCGCUUCAAAGGCGGUUUGGCAUUCGCCAGGUAGAGUCUCAUGUCAACUCCCACAACGACACAGCAUUUACCGUGAACGGAUCGCCAUUUCUCGUUCUCGGUGGAGGGUACACGCCUGAUUUGUUUCUUCGAUUUGAUGUCAAUCGUGUACGGAAUAUCUUCCAGUAUAUGCUCGACAUAGGACUGAACACCGUCCGACUGGAGGGCAAGCAGGAGCAACCCGAAUUAUAUGAUUUGGCCGACGAAAUGGGAUUGAUGGUCAUAGCUGGAUGGGAAUGUUGCGACAAAUGGGAGGGAUGGGAUUACAAUGAUGAAGGCAAUGGAGAAAAAUGGACCGAGAAGGACUACCUCAUUGCCAAUGCAUCCAUGCUCCACGAAGCAGCAAUGAUGCAGACCCAUCCGUCCAUGCUAGCCUUUCUAGUUGGAUCCGAUUUUUGGCCCGACGACCGUGCAACCCAGAUAUAUCUCGAUGCGCUGACUCGCAUGGAUUGGCCGGUGCCAAUCAUUGCGUCCGCCAGCAGACGGGGAUAUCCACAGGCUCUCGGGCAGUCUGGGAUGAAGAUGGAUGGCCCGUAUGACUGGGUGCCACCAAAUUAUUUCUAUGGUGACCAGCUGGGUGCUGCGUUUGGAUUCGGGUCUGAACAGGGUGCUGGUGUUGGAACGCCCGAGUUGACCAGUCUAAAGAAGUUCUUGUCGCCAGAGGAUCUGGAUUCCCUGUGGAAGAACCCCGAUCAAAACCAGUAUCAUAUGUCGCGGUAUGACUCGUCGUUCUAUAAUCGCGCUCUGUAUAACAAAGCUCUCUUCGCGCGGUACGGCGCCCCUGUCAGCCUGGAGGAUUAUCUCCUCAAGGUGCAGAUGAUGGACUAUGAGGCCACGCGUGCAGAAUACGAAGCGUUCUCCGUGCGCCAGAAUGCCACUCGUCCGGCCACUGGAGUCAUAUACUGGAUGUUGAACAGCGCAUGGCCGAAUCUGCACUGGCAGCUGUUUGACUAUUAUUUGAGUCCAGCUGGCGCAUAUUUCGGGACCAAGGUCGGUGGAAGGAUUGAACACGUGGCGUAUGACUAUGAGGAGCGUGCAGUCUACCUGAUCAAUCGUUCUCUUGAUAAGCAAGGGCCUCGUAUUGUCUCUGUUGACCUUGUUGAUCUCCAUGGCAAACCGAUCUUCAGCGAGGAGGUCACAGUUAAGACCACACCAAAUGCGUCCAAGAAGGUUAUCCCAGUCAAAGCAGUCCCUCAGAUCAAGGACGUCGCAUUUCUCCGUCUGGCGCUCAAAGAUCCCAAUACAGGAGCCAUCCUCAGCCGCAAUGUAUACUGGUUGUCCGCUGAGAACGACGUCCUGGACUGGAAGAAUUCGGACUGGUACUAUACCCCCGUCACAAAGUAUGUCAACUACAAGGCACUGAUAUCGAUGCCGACUGUCACCGUGACUGCAUCAUUGAAGCCGUUGCCUGCCAAAGACGGUCUGUCCCAGGUGCAGGUUGUCUUGAAUAAUCCUUCGGCAACCCCUGCCGCUUUCAUGCACCUGUCAGUCAUCAACAAGGAGACGCAGGAGGAGAUCACUCCAGUGAUUUGGUCUGAUAAUUAUGUGACUAUCUUCAAGGGGGAGAGUGUGACCCUGACAGCGGCAUUCCCGGGAGGUGGCAGUAACUGGGAGGUUAUACUGUCGGGUGUAAAUGUGAAGAGAACUAUCUUGUCAUAA